AUGUAUAUGUAUAUUGUACUGUUCCAGAUUUAUGGGUGCAUGUCACCUAAACGAUCAAUUUCAAAAUGUUUAUAUAUUCUAUCUUAUUGUUUAUAUAUUUAUACUCCAUCAUCAUUAUCAUUAUCAUUAUCAUUAUCAUUAUCAUCAUCAUCAUCAUCAUCAUCAUCAUCAUCAUCAUCAUCAUCAUCAUCAUCAUCAUCAUCAUCAUCAUCAUCAUCAUCAUCAUCAUCAUCAUCAUCAUCAUCAUCAUCAUCAUCAUCAUCAUCAUCAUCAUCAUCAUCAUCAUCAUCAUCAUCAUCAUCAUCAUCAUCAUCAUCAUCAUCAUCAUCAUCAUCAUCAUCAUCAUCAUCAUCAUCAUCAUCAUCAUCAUCAUCAUCAUCAUCAUCAUCAUCAUCAUCAUCAUCAUCAUCAUCAUCAUCAUCAUCAUCAUCAUCAUCAUCAUCAUCAUCAUCAUCAUCAUCAUCAUCAUCAUCAUCAUCAUCAUCAUCAUCAUCAUCAUCAUCAUCAUCAUCAUCAUCAUCAUCAUCAUCAUCAUCAUCAUCAUCAUCAUCAUCAUCAUCAUCAUCAUCAUCAUCAUCAUCAUCAUCAUCAUCAUCAUCAUCAUCAUCAUCAUCAUCAUCAUCAUCAUCAUCAUCAUCAUCAUCAUCAUCAUCAUCAUCAUCAUCAUCAUCAUCAUCAUCAUCAUCAUCAUCAUCAUCAUCAUCAUCAUCAUCAUCAUCAUCAUCAUCAUCAUCAUCAUCAUCAUCAUCAUCAUCAUCAUCAUCAUCAUCAUCAUCAUCAUCAUCAUCAUCAUCAUCAUCAUCAUCAUCAUCAUCAUCAUCAUCAUCAUCAUCAUCAUCAUCAUCAUCAUCAUCAUCAUCAUCAUCAUCAUCAUCAUCAUCAUCAUCAUCAUCAUCAUCAUCAUCAUCAUCAUCAUCAUCAUCAUCAUCAUCAUCAUCAUCAUCAUCAUCAUCAUCAUCAUCAUCAUCAUCAUCAUCAUCAUCAUCAUCAUCAUCAUCAUCAUCAUCAUCAUCAUCAUCAUCAUCAUCAUCAUCAUCAUCAUCAUCAUCAUCAUCAUCAUCAUCAUCAUCAUCAUCAUCAUCAUCAUCAUCAUCAUCAUCAUCAUCAUCAUCAUCAUCAUCAUCAUCAUCAUCAUCAUCAUCAUCAUCAUCAUCAUCAUCAUCAUCAUCAUCAUCAUCAUCAUCAUCAUCAUCAUCAUCAUCAUCAUCAUCAUCAUCAUCAUCAUCAUCAUCAUCAUCAUCAUCAUCAUCAUCAUCAUCAUCAUCAUCAUCAUCAUCAUCAUCAUCAUCAUCAUCAUCAUCAUCAUCGUUAUCUAAUUAUUGUUUAGGUUAG